AUGCCAUGGCUGGGCCGGGGGCGCGCGGACAGGGGCGACUCUAGAGGGGCGUCGCGCGGCCAUGCUGAGAGCGCUUCUGCUCGCCCUCUGGGUCGCAGGAGUGUGACGUACUGGCUUGUUCUCGAGACCUCGAUGAUAACUCCGAGGCAGAGCUACACGUCCCCGGGCUUCGCCCUCGCCAGUUCCAUCUUGGCGGAAGCUGAGCCUCCCGUGCAACAAGAUGUCCGCGCAGGGGCGGGGUCGCUGCGGCUGACGCGCGUCAGGGUGCCCGCCUACGCGGCGGCGGGGGAGCCAGUCCUGCUGCAGUGCUUGUUCGACCUGGGGGCCGACCAGCUGUACUCGGUCACGUGGUACAAGGACCACGAGGAGUUCUACCGCUACGUGCCGCGCGCCGUGCCGCCGCAGCACAGCUACCGCCUGGACGGCGUGGCCAUCGACGGGCGGAGGUCGGGCGCCCAGCAGGUGGUGCUGCAGCGCGCGCAGCCCGGCUCCUCGGGCCACUACCGCUGCGAGGUGUCCGCCGAGGCGCCCUCCUUCACCUCGGUGCACGGCGGCGGCCGGCUGCAGGUCGUCGCUCUGGCGAAGGAGGGCCCCCGCAUCACCGUGGAGCGGAGCGAGUACGGCGUGGGUGACGUCAUCAACCUGACGUGCAGCGCCGGCCAGUCGCACCCCGCCGCGCGCCUGCGCUGGUUCGUCAACGACCGCCAGGUGGAGUCAGCGGCGUCCGAGCGGGGGACGGCGGGCUCGGUGGCGACUCUGCGCCUGCGCGUGGAGUCCCGCCUCUUGGCGCGCGGCGCGCUGCAGGUUCGCUGCGUGGCCACCGUGGGCGCUGACGGCGCGCUGCCGCUGCUCGACCGCCGCGAGGCGCUGUUGCUGGUGCGCGCGUGCUCCGCUCUGCUGAAGGCCCGCGCCGCAGCUGUGAUCCUGGGCGCGGUGUUCGCCUCUGUACUGGUGCCUCUUCUGUGACCGCGCAGCCUCGCAGAACCUCCAGUGCCGGGCAGCAACCAUUACGUAGAGACCUGCAAAAUUCGCGGAUUCAUUUCGUGAUAUGCUACAAUUCAAAUAAUUAUACCUUAGCGCUGCUUCUACCACUGGUUUGAUUGUUAAUCUGGAUUAAUGAGGGCCAAUUAGAGACCCUCACUCAUAGAAGUGUCGAAUCACAGGCACUCAGUCGAGACGACUCACAAGUCAGCAGCCAAUGAACAGUUGGCAUUUGACCGAGUGUGUAGAGUGUAGUAGAGUCUAUCCUGGAGGUCAUUGAACCCGCGAAUUUUGCAGGUGUCUAAACCAUUACUUGUGCAGUUUUGUAUUCAAGCCAGGAAGUGCUGUUGUAACCGAGUUUGAUUUAAGAACGGUGUAUCGCUGGAUGCAGCCUGGCUUCAAGGUUGUAUAGCCGCGUACUUGACCGACGUUUCGGUCGACAUUGCAGUCGCCAUCAUCAGGGAGCAGUAACGUCGGUGAAUCAUUCGCCAAGGACGCGGCUGAAACCCAGAACUUCAGACAAUGUCCGUGAAAGCCUGCGAACAUUAUUAGUGUAUUUUGCUAGGUUUUUGUUUGUUUUAGUAUAGGUUAGAGUGAUUUUGUGCAUGAAGUUAAAAAAAAAAUUAAAAAUAACUUCACUGUAGUAGAUGUCCUUGGUGUGUGCAAUGCUUUUAUAUCAAUGGAUUCCCGAACGGGAGACGAGGUAGUCCAAUAUCGGCUUGUGUGCAACGUGAUUAUUUUUGUACUGUUUGAUAUUUUAUCAGUGUACGACUAGAGAAAAUAUUUCGUAUGUUUACGUAACACACUUGAUAAAAUUUCAUUGAUUUAGA